AUGAUCGCAUUGAAAGCAGAGCUGAAGUCCAAAAAAAAGAAUCCUGGCGUAAGUUCCUGGGGAGUCCAGAUGCUGGAGGAUGAGGUGGAGGGCCAUAUUGACAGUGUCAUCUACCAACCUAUUGACUCUGUAAGCAAACUGCAGGGGAUCCAGUUCUCGGCAUGGCUCUUAUCUGCAGUGAUCUGCGUGGGCAGAGGUCAAACAAACCAAGACACUGCGGACGACAGCAGCACCAGCAGUUUGUCAUUAGUCACUGAAGCAAACAAAGAGUUUAUCUUCCGUCUCUAUAAAGACGUUGCUGCUCAGCCUGGGUCAGAGGGCAAGAACAUCUUCUUAUCAGCAAGUGUGUCCAUGGCCCUGGCUGCUUUGUCUACAGGAGCACGAGGAGAGACCCACCAUCAGAUCUUCAGUGGUCUGGGCUACAAUGACUCUGUGCUGACACAGGCAGAUGUAGAUCAGAGCUUUCACAGCCUCCUUGUUAAAGAAAAUAAGACAUCUCAUGAAGACAUCAGUGAAGGAACUGCUGUGUUUGUUGAUGACCACUUUAUGGUACGGCCACAGUUUGUGGGGGAUCUGAAGAAGUUUUACUUGGCAGAUGUGUUCACUGUUGACUUCAGCCAAACAAUGGACAGUGCCAACACAAUCAACAAGUAUGUAGCAAACAAGACCAACGGGAAGAUAGACAGUCUGGUUGAAGACCUGGAUCCAUUAACAGUCAUGUAUCUCCUCAGCUACAUUUAUUACAAAGGAAAGUGGGCAACUCAGUUUAAUGCCAUGCUCACAAAGGAGGAUGAGUUCCAUGUUGAUGCAAACACCAAGGUUGAAGUUCAGAUGAUGAAUAUGCAGAACAUGUUUGACAUCUAUAUUGAUGGACAAACUCAAACAUCAGUCCUACGCCUUCUUUUCAGCAACUCCUAUUCCAUGUUGCUGUUAUUGCCUGGUGAUAUGGAAGCACUGGGGAAUAUCAUUUCCCCAAAUAUCAUCACUGCUUGGCUAAAACAACUAAAGUCCAGCAAACUAUUGGACUUGAAGCAUGCCUCCUCAGACAAACUCAAACCUGCCUGGGAGGAGGAUCUGGGUUCGUCUAUUUCAGAGGACUCCUGGACCUCCAUACUCAGAUUGGUGAGCUCCAGCUCUCUGUGUGCGAGACAUCGUUUGAUCCAGUUCAAAGUGGUGCACCGAGCUCAUAUCUCCAAACUGAAACUUUCCUCCAUGUAUCCUGACGUCAGUCCAUACUGUAUGAGAUGCAAACAUGUUGAAGCUUCCCUCAUUCAUAUGUUCUGGUCCUGUUCAUGUCUGAACAAAUUCUGGAGGGAGAUUUUCCAGACUCUGUCUCGUGUGCUGGAUACGCAUUUGAGCCCUGACCCUCUGAUUGCACUCUUUGGUGUUGCAGAAGGAAGAGCCAAUCUAAAUAAGAACAAACAACACAUCCUGUCAUUCACCUCUCUUCUAGCCAGACAAGCCGUUCUGCUCAGGUGGACAGAUGCCUCCCCACCCACUCACACUCAGUGGGUGGCUGACAUCAUGUCCUGUUUAAAACUGGAGAAAAUCAGAUUCUCACUUCAACAAAAAGAGGGUAAAUUUGAAAAGGUCUGGAGACCGUUCCUGAAACUAUUCCAGUCUCUUUGA